GCCUCGGGGAUUUAACGCUCGAGGCUCGCGGCCCGCUGCGUGUGUCCCGGGACGUUCCCGCCUUCCCCGCCCUCACGGCGCCGCCGUCUCCCAAGUCACCCUGAGACCCCCGGGCCCUCAGCGUCUAGAGUCGUAAUCGCUCCCGGAGCGGCCCCGCAGCCUCCCUCCCCGCGUCCGUCCGCCGCGGGGUUGGCGGCCCGGCUGCUCUUUCAGCCGGGCCCGCGGGCCGGCUUUGGGCACCGCCUGUCCCCCGUCCACCGCCCCCCCCCCCGAAACCCCCCGGCCGCUCACCGCCAGCAGACGGGUCAGCUUCUAGUCGUCAGGGCCCGCGCUGAGGAAGAAAAUGAAAACACUAGCAGAAAGGAGGAGGAGUGCGCCAUCUCUUAUCCUGGAUAAAGCUCUACAAAAAAGGCCCAGUACCAAGGAAAGCCCUUCUGCCAGCGUGGACACGUGUACAUUUCUCUCAUCGUUCGUGUGCUCCAGUAGGACCUUGCUAAUUGAUGGCCGGGUAGAACUCAAAAGAGGCCUGCAGAGACAGGAGCGGCAUCUUUUCCUGUUCAAUGAUCUGUUUGUUGUGGCCAAAAUCAAAUAUAACAACAACUUUAAGAUAAAAAAUAAAAUUAAAUUAAGUGACAUGUGGACAGCAAGCUGUGUGGACGAAGUGGGAGAAGGCAACACCAAUGCCCUGAAAUCGUUUGUCUUGGGCUGGCCCACGGUGAACUUCGUGGCCACUUUCAGGAAACAGAGUACAUCAUCACAUCUCAAAAAAGACCAGAAGGAAUUUCAUAUCUCUUGUACCCUGAUCCUCAAACCUAGGAUCUAUAUCUACCAGAAAAACAGUUCUGCAGAACAAAAGGACAAAUGGCUCUCUCUCCUUCAGAGAUACAUCAAUCUAGAGAAAGAGAAGGACUACCCGAAGACCAUUCCCCUCAAAAUCUUCGCCAAGGACGUUGGGAAUUGUGCCUACUCUAAAACUAUAACAGUAAGGAAUUCAGAUACAGCAAAUGAAGUUAUCAACAUGUCACUACCAAUGCUAGGGAUAACUGGCUCUGAGAGAGAUUACCAGCUUUGGGUCAAUUCUGGCAAAGAAGAGGCACCAUACCCACUUAUUGGGCAUGAAUAUCCCUAUGGAAUUAAAAUGAGCCAUCUUCGGGACACUGUGCUCCUGACACAGGGAUCGAAGGACAGCAGCACGCCGUCCGGCCUCCAGGAGUCCUUCCUCAUGGAGCAGCUGCCCCGAGAGCUGCAGUGCCAGUUCAUCCUGAAGCCCAGCCGCCUGGCCACAGCCCAGCAGCUGAGCGAUUCAGGACAGAAGACAUUUAAAAGGAGAAGGUCUCUCAUAAACUGGGCCUUUUGGCGGGGGUCUAGCAUUCAUCUGGAUAACUUGCCCGUGUCACCAACAUCCCCUCUGCCGGGGCAGCUCUUUGGAGUUUCUCUGCCAAAUAUCUGUGAGAACGACAAUCUGCCCAAACCUGUCUUGGAUAUGCUUUUCUUUCUUAAUCAAAAAGGACCCCUCACAAAAGGUAUCUUCCGACAGUCGGCCAAUGUGAAAUCCUGCAGAGAGUUAAAAGAGAAACUGAAUUCUGGAGUUGAAGUACACCUAGACUGUGAAUCUAUUUUUGUGAUAGCAUCUGUCUUAAAGGAUUUUCUGCGAAAUAUUCCAGGAAGUAUUUUUUCAUCAGAUCUCUAUGAUCAUUGGGUCUGUGUAAUGGAUCAAGGAAAUGAUGAAGAGAAAAUAAAUACAAUUCAAAGGCUAUUAGACCAGCUCCCGAGAGCCAAUGUUGUUCUCCUAAGGUAUCUUUUUGGGAUAUUACACAACAUUGAGCAGUGUUCCUCGUCCAAUCAGAUGACUGCAUUCAAUUUAGCGGUGUGUAUAGCUCCAAGCAUUCUGUGGCCUCCUACUUCCUGCAGCCCAGAACUAGAAAAUGAAUUUACAAAAAAGGUUUCUCUGCUUAUCCAAUUUCUGAUUGAAAAUUGCUGUCGGAUAUUCGGAGAAGAAAUCACGUCCCUCUUAGGAGAGGUUUCAGUGAGGUGUGAUGCUCAAGAGAAUACGUCAGAUAUCUCUUGCUUCCAACUGAACGACUCCUCCUAUGACAGCUUGGAAAAUGAGCUAAAUGAGGAUGUCGAUGCUCCUUGUAGUGACUUGGUGAAGAAACUUGGUCAGGGUAGCAGAAGCAUGGACUCUGUGUUAACCCUCAGUGACUAUGACCUCGACCAGCCUGAGGUGGAAGGCCUCUUAACCCUGAGCGACUUUGACUUAGACCGUUCUAAAGAUGAAGACAUUCAAAUGGAACGGCCUCUUGAACCCAAGCCGGUGGACCUCACGGGAGUGUAUGCAAAGGUCCCACUGCGGGAUCAGGCCCGGGCCCCGUCGGGCCUGAGCACUCCUGGCUACCUGUCCACAGCUGCCGCAGGGGUUCCAAAAAGCCUGAGGCGACACCGACGCUCCUCAGAGCCCAGCAUCGAUUAUCUAGAUUCUAAGCUUUCGUAUCUCAGGGAAUUUUAUCAGAAAAAGCUACGCAAGUCCAGCUGUGAUGCAAUUCUCUCUCGAAAAGAUGAGGAUUAUCUGAAGCAGAAUCAACCCCUCCAGGAAGAGGGUAAGACAUGUUUUAAACAGAGUUUAGUCGCAGGCACUGAUACCAAGAAAAACGCCACUAAUAAAAAUGUUAAGAAGAAAAGCUUGUCUGGUAAUGAAGGAAAUCAUGUGAAACUCUUUUCUAAAUCCAAGCCAGUGGCCAUUUCUGUGGCACCUUACAGUCACAUGUCUCAGGACCAUCCCGGGAGCCAGCCCUUCGGCACAGACACAUCUGGAUACUCCCCGACACACACAGCGGAUGCCCUCAAGAGCUCGCGGAGGCACCGGCGCUGCUCGGAGCCCAGCAUGGAUGACCAGCACUGCAAACUGACCUAUCUCAGGGGAAUUUAUUCAAAGAAACAGCAUAAAACCAGCUGCGGAGCCGGUCUCCUGCACGGAGAGGAGGCUUAUCUGGAGCGGCACAAGUCUUUGCAAAUGGAGGGGCAAAAGCUCAUUAACCAGAGUUUGGUGAUGGGGAUUGAGGUGGGCAAGAGCAGUAGCACAAACAGGAACACCGAGAAGGGCUUACCCCCAAGACUAAAUGUUUGCCCACGGACCAGCUACUCCAGCUUGUCCUCCCCAGGCACGUCCCCCUCUGGCUCGUCAGUGAGCUCCCAAGACAGCGCUUUUUCUCAGAUUUCGGAACACUCUGUGUUUACCCCCACUGAAACUUCCUCUCCAAUAGAUUGCACUUUUCAAGCUCCAAGAAAACAGGAAGAGCUUGCUUCUGAUUUUAGCAAUUCCAGCCUCAUUUCUGCAACUCCUGGUCCCUCAUCAGGGCAGGCCAGCAGCCGCCUGGCGUAUACAAAAAAGGAUGUUGUAGAGUGGCACUCACAAAUACAUUCUGUAACUCUUCACCCAAGCACAUGGUUGAGAAAUGGUGUGGCCAGUUUGAAAAACUGGUCCCUCAAAAAGAAGGCAAGGGCGUCCAGACCAGAGGAAAAGAAAGUAAGUUCUCUAAAAGGACCCAUGGAGCCACCUCCCUAUGCUUCUGGUAUUUCAGAAGCCAGCCCACUGCAAGAGACACAGGAAGACAUGCCCCAAAGGGCAACGGAAGGACUUGGAGCUAUGCAGACAGCCCAGUGGUAUAGCUCGUACCCCAGCCAGGACUCAGAGAAGCACUGUAGCUCUCCAUUCAGCCUGGUGGAGGAUGGACUCAAGCUUUGUGUGAAGUCACACAAGGAAGGAGAGAGCAGUGAGCAGCGCUCUCCUGGUACUCUGCCGUGUAAGAGAUCCUCACCCAGCUCUUUGACUGUGGACGAUGCACCCAGCCCAGACUCGGGGCCUACAGUGGUUUGUGAUAUUGGGGACCAGCAUUUAACCAAAGACGUUUAACCAUAGUAAGAACGUGUUAUGUACAAGAGCAGAAACUGGGCUAAUAAUGACAUAAAGACAAGAGUACUAUGACCCCUUUGUAUAAAAUACGUGGGAUGGGUAGCAUAAGGAUAAUCAUUGCUAACACUUAGGACAACAAAAGAAUUCUCUUUACUGAGACUAUUUGGCAAAAAGUUUAGACUAACAAAUUUCAGCUCCUCUUUGGGAGGCUUUUCCUUAUUAGAGCAUGGGAUUGGUCCUAUCAUGUGUUUUUAGAGAUAACUAGCAGGGGGCCAGAGAAAACAUCUUCUGUAUGGAGAAUAUGGCCUACAUGUUGAGUGAGAUUCAUAUCCUGAGGCCAGGAUAUCAUAAGUGAAGAAUAAGGACUGUGGAAACGGGGAGGGUGCACAGAAACGUCCGUGUUCCGUGGAAUAUGUUUAAUAACUAAGCAAGAAAAGGCCACUAAUCAAAGUAUUAAAAAAAAGAAAGUAUGUCCAGUAAUAAAGGAAAUCAUGUGAAACGUUUCCCUGAAUCCAAGCCACUAGCCAUUUCUGUGACAUUCUCUAGUCACGUGCCAUCACAGGAAGAUUCCAGGAGUCAGCCCAUUGAUGCGGCUAGAAUGGAAUAAACUAGAAUAUCCAAGA